CAUCCAGAACUCCCUUUAUAGUGUCCAGAGAAACCAAAAUAUAUCCACUGCAAUCCAAGUGCUGUUGCAUCUCAGUCACACAAGAGGAGAUCGAAUAGUGUGUGUGUGUGUAGGGGACAGGGCGUUGAGAAGAGAGGCGCUGCUUACAGGUACAGCGAGCAAAUGGAGAGAUUUUAAUGGCAGGAAUAAACCGGAUGAGGAUGUAAGAAGAUGAGCAGAGGAAGGAAGCAGGCGGCUGAUAGGAACUGAAAUCCGUCAUAAACAAGAAGCCAUUUAUUUCACCUGGACAGGAGAGGAGAUCACCUGAAUCCGAUCUGAAGCCAGGCUGUCUACCGAUCGAACUCGGAAAGGAUGCAAUGGUGACCCAGAGGAUCUUCUUCCACUUUCUUCCAUGAUAAGCUAUAAAUGACCUCGCCUAAUAAGGAUUUCAAAAAUCAAGAGACGCACGCUGCUCUGCCGAGGCAGUCCAAUUAGGAUUUGUCAAGCAAUGCUGCCUCGAAAAAGCGUAAAGCUCAACUCGAGUAAUUAAUGGCUGUCCAUCAGGUUCAGAACUCGGAAUGACUUUUCCGGAUAUAGGGCUAGCAAAGGAUGACCGUUGCUAAAUUCUGACACAUUUGCAUAUACUUUUUUUUUUUUCUUCUUUCACUUUGCACUUCGAAAGGUGACUAAUAUGUUCACCAUAAAAGCAGAUGUCAUAUUUCAUGCUGCAGCUCAUGAGGACUCUGAGCAGUCCAUCGUUACCAAAGGGACUGACCAGGUUAUUCCAAGAGAAGUUAGUGCUUGUGUUUCUGAGACAGGAAUACGGCCAAGAUCCUGGGAUAAUGUGGAAUCCGGGAGUGUAGCGGAUUCUGGAAAUCUGGGAAAGCGUUGCUUAGGGGCGGGAGACUUUGUGCAAGAUGGAAACUCCAGUGACAGCGGGUUUCAGGAUCACGUUCAACCAGUGGAUGCUGGUGUUAAGAAGCCGAGUGAGUCAUUGAGCAAAAAUGGAGUAAAAGAGGAGGCGAAUGGAGCUGCAGCUGAGAGGCCUUUACUUAGCCUGAGGUCAGAAACCAGAGGGGAAAUGGCAAAAUCUUAUGUUUACGAGACCGAAGUAAUGAGGAGUCCAAGCGUCAUCAGUAACUUAUCCUCUCUUUCACAGGACUCUUUUUCUGAUUCAAAGGAAAGCAGAUCGUUGGAACAAGCACUGGGCAAUUUCUGUUCAUUGCAAGGAGCUGCACACGGACACUUUACACAUGACAUAAAGCACAGCAGCAAUGGGGUAAGAAAUUCCGUCUCUGUCCGAGAGAACCCCGAUUUAGUCAUCGAAGUAGGCAGACAGAGGGUCCAAGUCCAUAAAUCUGUCCUUGCUGAAAAAAGUGACUAUUUUAAAGCAAGGCUUUCUCGAGACAUCCUGAAAGUGAAAGGUGUAAGCUACAAGACGUUGUCCGUCUUGAUAGAUUACGUUUACACCUCCAACAUGAACGUGAAUAAGGAUAACGUCGUGGAUGUUGUGACCGGGGCGAAAAUCUUACAGAUCCCCUGUGCGGUGCAGGCCGCCAUUGAUGCCAUGUCUUCCCAGCUCACGACUCAGAACUGCUACGAGAUUCUGACCAUCGCUAAAAAGCAGCGACUAAGCGAACUGAAGGAGACGGCAUACCGUUUCAUAAGUGACAACUUCCUGCAGGUGCUGAAAGAUCCUGCCGUUUACGGACGUCUCACGGGCUCCGAACGAGAUCUGGUUUUGAGAAAUCGUAUGGAGGGACGCAAGUGCCUGAUGGUGGCUGAGAUCAAUGACGUUUUUGAGCGAGUCGGGAGCAGACCCCCGAGCAGGGGCAACAGCAGGCCACAGAGCCCUCUAUCUGCUGCCUCGUUUGAGGACAACCACAUGAUCUACUACUACAACGAGAAUACCAAGGAUUGGCACACUUUGACCAUAAUGCCCGAGGAUAUUAAUACUAAAGGCUGUGGUAUCUGCUGCAUGUAUAACUACCUGUUUGUUGCAGGUGGCAUCCGAGGAUAUGGCGAGAAAGGAAAGGCAUCAGACAAAGUGUUCUGCUACAAUCCCAUAACGGACCGCUGGAGCGAGGUACGACCCAUGAACCAAGCAAGGUCACAACUCAAAUUGGUGUCCAUGGAUGGCUUUUUGUAUGCCAUUGGUGGGGAAUGUCUCUUCACAGUGGAAAAGUAUGACCCUCGUAUGGACCGUUGGACCACCGUGGCUCCACUACCCAAGGGAGCAUUUGCAGUUGCCCAUGAAGCCACAACCUGCAAUGGAGAGCUGUACGUAUCGGGAGGAACUUUAUUCUACCGCCUCUUGAAAUAUGACCCCAAGAGGGACGAGUGGCAAGAAUGUCCGUACAACAACAGCAGGAAGAAAUCCACCGACAUGGUCACGCUGAAGAGCUUCAUCUACAGGUUCGAUGUCAACCGUGAACAAGGCAUCAACGUAUUUAAGUACAACACCAUAGUUAAGAUGUGGCACGACUGCGCUUCCUAUCAGCAAGGGAGCCCGCUGCCGUUCAGGUGUGCUGUGAUUGGGAAUUGCAUCUACUGCGUCAACAAGACCCAGACUCUGCAGUUUAUCAUGGAGGAGGAAGGCGCUCGAUUUGCAGAAGAACCUCUCAAAGCUCCCAUGGAGGCGAAAGGAGUGUUAUUCCCGUUUAUUCUGACCUUGCCAGACAGGAGUGAUCGAAAUGUCUGAGCAGGGAGUAAAACUUGAGGAGAAUGAUGACGGGGGAAGAAAAAAGAAAACUGCUCGUACCAGGAAUGUCUGUUUGCAUGAUGGAUAGACGUCCAUGGGAUGCCUUACAAGGACAGCGCUUUUGUUUUAAUAUUGUGGCACAGUGACAUUACAUAUAUAGAUAGCCUGGAUGCUUUUUUUUUUUUUUUUUGUGCACUUUGAUACUUGGAUGGUUGGACACAAAUUUGGCAGCCAAAAAAAAAAAAUUCAGAUCUACAGUAACUAGCGUUAUUAUAAAAUUGACACAAAAAGCACAACAAAAAUAUAACUGCAAAUAAAAAAAAGUCUAUGUAGGAUAAGGUUAAUGAAACUGGAUCUAGACAUAAUACCGUCAAAGAAGUGAAGUAUAGCACAGAAAACUAAAAAUACAGCGGAAAUAUUUCUAUAACAUUUGAGCACACAUGCCUUUUGACUUGAAGCAAAGCCAUUGAACGAGGAAAGGUUGCGUUAACGUAGCUCGGCUGUGCGCUGUUUAAGAGCACAAAGCACUUGAUUGUUCUUACUUUGGCAGCACUUAGUAAGGAUACUGAAAUAACACUUGGGAAUGUCUGAAAACUUAUUAAUUAGCUUUUAAUUUGAUACUAACAAGGGCUCGAUGAACAGCAGGUGAUCGGGGAAUCAAGCCAGUGAUUUGAAUUACAUUAGAAAAAAACCCAUACUGUUUGCCCAUUGGUGGGCUGUUCAUGUGUCCUUUAGUUCAGUAGGUAUCAAAGAGGGGUCCUGGGACUCCCCAGGUAUCUGUCAAGCAUAGUCUUGAGGUCUUUGAUGACUUCUUUUUCUUUUUAAAUUGUAUUGGCGGAAAUCACAAUCCACCAUUAUGAUUGCUAUUAUAUUUAUGAUCGAGUUCUCAGUGUUUCUUAGCUUUUUAAUGGACCACUCAACUCAAUAAUUCAAACACUUCAGCUGAUAAAUAAUGUCUGUUGGAUGUCGAUCUAAUGUGUCUAUCCGAUGGUUCAAAAUCCAGGAAAGAAAAUCUCUAUUGUUCCCAAUAAAUAGGCAGAAUAUUUACUGUACGCAUUUGAGAGGUUGGAUUUGGGUCUUAAACCCGUGCUGAGGGCAUCUGUGGAACUUAUGUUCUAGUUAAAGCAAUCUCUGGGUGCAAAAAGUUUGAUAAUCCCUGCCUUACUUUCUACUUGGGGUAGUACUGGGGAGGGGGGAAACCGCAUCCCUUGUGGUAAAUAAAUAAAUCAACCCCAAUUCCAAAAAAAGUUGUUGACUGUGUAAAAUGUAAAUUAAAGAUUUUUAAAAAAUGCUCGUUUUGAAGUUACUGCUAACACCACGUUUCAAAAAAGCUGGGACGGGGAAAUCUGUUGUCAUAAAACUGUGAUGUUGUGAACUUGCAAUGGCAUGGGUAGCUUGCACAUCUGGGAAGGCACCAUUAUUGCUAUAUGACGUGUACAGGUUUCAGAGCAACAUGCUGGCAUCCAGAUGAUGUCAUUUUCAGGGAAGGUCUUGCUUAUUUCAGCAAGACAAUGCCAAACCGCUUUCUGCACAUAUUACAGCAUGGCUCUGUAGUAAAAGAGUGCAGGUGCUAAACUGGCCUGCCUGCAAUCCAGACCUGUCUCCUAUUGAAAGCAUUUGGCGCAUUAUGAAACAUGAAAUGCGACAAAAGAGACCCCGAACUGUUGAGCAACUGAAAUUGUAUAUCAGGUAGGAAUGGGACAAUGUUUCUUUUUCAAAGCUACAGCAAUUGUCUGUCUCAGUUCGCAAAGGUUUACAGUGUUAAAAGUAGAGGUGAUGCAACACAGUGGUAAAAACGCCCCUGUCCCAACUUUUUUGAAGCAUGUUGCUGGAAUUGAAUUCAAAAUGAGCAUAUAUUUUUCAAAAAAAACAAUAAAAUUUCUCAGUUUCAA